AUGAAUCUGCAAGGAGAUCAAAUUCGGCUACUUCGACUAAACGUUGAUUCAAGCUUAUCGUUCAAGCGCGUUUCACUUAGCGAUCCAUCCCGACCACCUUUUGUGGCGCUAUCCUAUGUUUGGGGUGACUUGACUGACACUCUGCCACUCAAUAAUGUAUCGGGUCAGACUAUCCAGGCAACAAGAAACCUUCAUCAUGUUCUUGAUUGCCUCUUUUCAUCCCAUUUCGACGAGUUCCUCUGGAUUGAUGCGCUGUGUAUCGAUCAGCAAGAUCAACAUGAGCGGGCUUCCCAGGUCGCUCUCAUGGGAGAAAUUUACUCACAUGCACAAUACGUCUUGGCUUUCUUAUCCCCGCAAUCAGGACUCUUCCACUUGGGGCUCGACUACAUAGAGGCGACUGCUCGCGACACGAUGAUGCACUUCGAUCCAUCUAUUUCACCUCAUUUGACAGUCCAAGGUCUUAGUGCCCGCGAUAAACCGCUGCAAGACUCCAUUAUCGGCUUCUUUGCCGCUCCAUGGUGGACCAGAGUUUGGACGGUCCAGGAAUUCUUAUUGGCCCGAAAAGUCAUAUUCCGAUGCGGGAAUCGUCUUAUUGACUCAGAUAUUGUACGCAAAGCUUGCAGAGCCUGGAUAGAUCACGAGAACUCUUGCUGUUGGGCUGCGCGUCGACCGAUAGAUGGUAGUGCGCAUGGCUUCCUCGAUAUUCCCAGUGAAAUCAAUGGUGGCUUGACGAUCUACACUGCGACUCUCCGGAUGAAGCACCUGAUGGAUAUGCUUAUUCCUGGAAAGCUAUUUACCGAAGACUUUCUCGCUGCCAUUUCACUUUUCCGGGUGCGCCACUGCUCAGAUCCUCGGGAUAGAGCAUUUGGGUACUUUGGACUGCGUUCGCCUGGUCUGGACGUCAAGGCUGAGAUACCUAUCGACUACACCGUGUCUAUAGCGGAUCUCUACAAGAACCUGGCCGUCGCAUUAAUCAAGAAGUCUCAGACACUAGACGUGCUCAGUCAUGUGCUACACGAAUCGGGAAUUAAGAAACGGACAGAAGGCUUGCCCAGUUGGGUCCCAGACUGGGAUGCGACGAUAGAUGAUCGGUACCAUCUCACGUACACAGAACGAACAAAUAUUAUUCGACAUUGUCAUGCUUCAGGCGACAUGAAGCCCGACUGGAGGGUGCAAAACUCAGGCCGUGUCGUAACUCGUGGAUUACAAAUUGCGGUCAUUGAAGCAACCGCACCCGGCUACCCUUCCAUCAUCCCCGGUUCGACGCUCAGAGGCAAAACGGUCAUCAGCGAGUGGCGUCGACUGGCUGGUCUAUCGACGUAUCGCGACGCAUCUCCCAUUGAUAUGCCAUCUUGCAUCGAACAAGAGCGUGCGUUUGAGAACGCCCUUGGUGGAGGUUUUUCAAUGAAGUGGCCACAGGGCAGUUUCGAGUACACAGAUGCAUACCAUGCUUGGCUCGAAUGGUUUGUAUCCUCGGAGGUCGCCUUGGCCAAGUCGUGCAAACAGGUUAUACAAGAUUUCGAUGAGUUGAUUCGGCAGACGAGUGAACGUCGAAGGUUUAUCGUGACGAGUGAUGGGCAGAUAGGUUUUGGCCCGGAAGGAGCUGAGAAGGGCGAUGUGAUUAUGAUUAUACCUGGAGGGAAGGUUCCUUAUGUUUUGAGGGACGUUGGGGACUCUGGCUGUGGAGUGAAGAAGUAUAGCUUGUUGGGAGAUGCAUUUAUUAAUAGUGUGAUGGCGGGUGAGAAGAUCAGUUCACCGGUCUCCGAGUUCACAAGGAUAGUCAUCAUCUAG